AUGGCUAAAGGCGCAGCUCAAUCACCAGAAGAGUUUGUAAAUAUUGUGCAGAGUGUUACUGCUGAGGAUAUUAAAAAAGCGGCAACAAAACUUUGUGCAAAACUUGCUUUAUCUGCUUAUGGACAAAUUAAUCAAACUCCCUAUUUGGAUGAGAUUUAA